ACAACCUAGAAGCGGAGGGCAACGCGUUUCGGUCGUCGGUCGCAAGCAGGGACGCUCGAGCCUCUUCUCUAGUCGCCGACGCGUCAAUCGGCUCCGCUCGUCGUCCGCCUCCGACACCGGCCGGCGACCUCGUUCCUCCGUCUCCCUCCUCUCAGGAAUUGGGAAGAUGCCGACAUCUACGAGCAUCGGUGAUGAUCUCACAAGGAGCACGAGUGAGGAGCCAACGACUCGUGAGGCUGCCGGAGAGCCGAUUGGUUCUUGUCUCCCAAGAUCACAUGAGAAUCUUAUAUAAGAGUCUUGACCUCAGCAAAUCUGGCUGCAGCUAUGAGGGGGGAAAAGAGCCCGGCUCUACCAUGAAGAUUGAAGCACGCGAUGCAUUUAAUAACGUUGCCCAUGGAAGCUUGGACCAUCGUUGUUUGUUAUAUCAUGGGAUUGGUGGGGCUUCUUUUGUCCAAGUGACAGGGUUCCUUGAUGUCUGUGAAGUAAAUCUCAGUCAUGCAGUGGAAAUUCGGCCCCACGGUGACCUAGUAACCAUGAAACUUACCGUUGAGUCUGGUGGAGCUACGCCUGUGAAAGUGCUCCCAAGUAAAGUUUCAAUGCCUGAAGGUGAUGAAGCGCUUUGUAAGGCUGUUGAUGGCGGGCCACUGUUCGAUGAUCAUGGGAACUUUGUUGGCAUGAACAUUUUCUCCGACAAGGGAAGAUAUGUUUUUGUGGAAAAGAGUGUAAUUGUUGAAAAAUUGAGGUCACGCGCACGACAGGAACGAUAUAGACACUACCGGAAUACAGAUGAUGGCCGGCGGCGUAGAGAGGAUGACAUGUGUACUCUGGAAAAAAGAACUAGGAGGAAAUUUACACCGUAUUAGUCGGUAUAAACUAAAAAAGUACACGCAUGGCACAGUAGAUUAGUAGAAAUUCACUUGUGCGGGCGGAGGAGCAUGACUGAGGAGGUUUUUCUAUGUGUCUUAUGUGCAAAAUAAGUAGGGCUACGCUAUAACCUCUCCAGAAUCAGCCUUGCAUGUAACUUUCCUAUUGCACAAGUGGAUUUCUUUUGGCCGGUUGAUUGCUGCAACCAUGAAUGUGCAUGGCUGCUCAUGAUGACCUGACACUUGAGACCGCAACAAUGUUAUCUUUUUUUUUUACAAUC